UGACCCUGGCAGCAAGCGGGAUGAAUCGGCUGAACCUUUUGCCAGAAAGCAGCAGGGAGAAGAAAAAAAAACAUGAUGCUGAUUUACUGUAAUCCUUCCUGUUGAAUCCAGGAGACAUGCAGGGCAAAGUUCAUUUGGUUGACCUUAAAAGCAAUAACUGAUAAUUGGUCAUUAUUUGCUGAUAUGAAGUUGUGAACAAACUGAGCUCAAAAUCAAGGAAAAGAUGAAAGAUGGUAUGUUAAGACAACAAUCAAAAAAUAUUUGUCUUUGUAUUUUAACAAUGCAUACUAGCCAAUUAUUUUACAUAUUAAAUAAAAAUAAAAAAACGGUAUACUCUUUUAAUUCAGCUGUGGUGAAAACAUCAAAUCAAACUGAACAGUAAUCCAAGUUUUAAUAAAAGGUUUAGAUUUAUAGUCUGUGUUAAAAUUCAAGGAUUUAUGGGAGGCCCCUCACGGGCUAUUUGUUCGCUCAUGCCUUGGGCCGGCUGUGUCUUGAUCUUCUUGGCUCAGACAUUUCUUUUCAGUUCGUCUUUACCUUUUUCAUCUUUCUUAGAAAUCCUCUCUAACCGCUGUGGGCUACAGUCGUGCGCCUCGUGAUUAAACCUGCCCAUUGCGCAGCAGCUCUGAGCCUGCUUCAGCACGCCUUCCGUCCUCUUCUUCCGCCACUCCCUUUCUCAGCUAAAACGGAAGAUUAGUCUGGUCUCCGCUUGCCACAGAGUUUCUCUUCGGGAAAACUAUGAGCGCGGCGGAGAAUGGCGGAUUCCAGCGCGCUUGAGGAGCUGCAGUCGGAGCUCACCUGCCCGGUGUGUCUGGAGCUGUUCCGCGAUCCGGUGAUCCUCGAGUGCGGACACCACUUCUGCCAGGUGUGCAUCAUCCAGUGCUGGGAAGCGAAGGCGGACGAGCUUUCCAGCUGUCCGAAGUGUAGGAAGUCGUGUGCGCGCAAACUGCGGCCCAACUCGCUGCUGUGCAACGUAGUGGACAGUGUGCGCAGAGCCCGGGUUAUGGACGCAGCCGCGGGGACCCCUGAGUGGGACCCCGAGGGGUCCCUGGAGAUGCCCGAGGAACGAGAGUCGGGCUCCAGCAUGAGCAGCGUGGUCUCCUCUAUCGGGCACUGUUCUCACCUGGUGCUGGACAUGUGUGAGGAGCAUGAGGAGAAGCUCAAGCUGUACUGUGAGGACGACCAGCUGCCCAUCUGCCUGGUGUGCGGGAUGUCCCGGGACCACAAGACCCACAACGUCAUCCCGAUCACAGAGGCCUUUGAAAACUACAGGGAUAAGCUGGCUGUGGCUUUGGAGAAAGUUCAGCUGCAAACAGAGGAGGCCACAUUCUUCCAGAAACAGGCCAAUGAUAAGAUUCUACUCAUUAAGGGGCAAGCAGGAGACCUGGAGGAGCUGGUUACCGCUGAGUUUGGCCGUCUGAGGGAGUUCCUGCUUCACGAAGAGGAGAGCAUGAAGGAGAAGCUGCAGAAGGAGAAAGAAGAGAAGCUCAACCAGCUGGAGGAGGCUCUGACGCGGGCCACAGAGCAAAUCAGCCAGCUGGAAACCACGGCAGAAAAACUUCGCCUCAAACUGAGAGAGCAGGAAAAUCCAGAACAACUCAAGGGAAUCAAAGAUUUCAUUGGAGGGACUGAGAGUUUGUUUGAGCGCCCCCCAGAGGUCAGUGUGGAUCUGAAGUCAGGAGAAUAUCUGGGACCCCUGCAGUACAGGGCCUGGAGGAAGAUGAGCUCCAUCUUUCAGCCAGCUGUCUCAGCGGUGACCCUUGACCCAGACACAGCCUACCCCUGCCUGUGGGUGUCUCCUUGUCGCACCAGCGUCCAGGUGGGGAAAAUCCAAUCAAACCUUCCCAACAAUCCGGAGCGCUUCACCCGCUACAACAUCGUGCUUGGCUCUGAAGCGUAUUCCUCAGGCAGACAUUACUGGGAGGUGGAGGUGGGCAACAAGAAAGCGUGGGGUCUGGGCGUAGCCAAAGCCUCCGUCAACAGGAAGGAUGAGAUCAGCCUUUGCCCAGACGACGGCUUCUGGACUCUGGUCCGUCGAUACAAAAACGACGGCACCAGCGAGUACGAAGCAUGCACCGAUGCAGACGACACCUUAAUAUUUCCCUCCAAACCCCCCAAGAGGGUGGGGGUCUAUCUGGACUAUGGAAGAGGCGAGGUGUCUUUUUAUGACGCUGCAGAGAUGAGCCACCUCUUCACCUUCUACAAUGCAGACUUUAAAGAAACCGUGUUCCCUUACUUUAACCCCUGGCCAAUCAUCAACGGUCAGAACAAAGAGCCUCUCACCAUCGUAACGCCACAGUGGGGUUAGACGCAGGAGAUUCCUGCUAUGGACCGUUAUGGACUCGUCUCAUGAUCAUUCACGUGUCUGAAUGACAAAGAACUCCUGUCUGCAUGACCCUGACCUUGUUCAGCAAUUAAACUCCUGAAUGACUGGAGAGGAAACCAAAAAUGAACAUAAAUGGCACUUUAGCACCUAACGGACUCCAUGCAAAGGUCUAAUUCAGUGACUGAGGUGCUGGCUUAACAAAUAUGAUCUGAGUAGCUAAAACCUGAUCUGAACUCUGCAGAUUCAUGGUUGUUUGUCUAAUUUAGCGUAGCGUUACUUUAGACAGGGGACAAAGUCAGCUGAUGUCAGUGACACCCAGUGCAAACCUGCAUUAGUCAGUCUGAAACGCCAGAUGCGAUAGACAAAACCCAUUCCUGCACUUUUGAAUUGUUUUUUAGCCUUCCUUUCUGUGCUGCCUUUUCUACAAACUGUUUUAUACUAACACCUCACCUUCAUGGUGUUUCUGUCUUUGUUUUUACAAUAUCUGGUGUGUCAUGUACACUUUUCCUGUUUAGGACCCGCAUCGGUUCUGCCUGACGUAGAAAUACAUGCAGAACAGAGUGGAACUUCGCCUGCACAUGCAAAUAAAUAAAACACACAGCCGACACAGUUUAUCUUUUUAAACAAAUCCCCCAAAUAGGAUUGACUUACUUAUUUUGAGUCCUGCAUAACUGGGUCACCGUUGCUGAAAAAUACACAAAAAUACAAAUACGCUGCCUUUUUUGUCAGAACAAAACCUGCUUCUUCUUUUUCUAUAGAUUUAGGUUUUUGGUAGGAUCAACUGUUUUGUUCAUUUUCUGACUGAGUAGCUAAAACCUGACUGUAGAAACCAUGGACUAAAUUUAUUCAUGUGUGUGCGAAUGGAUCAACAAUAUUUGUCGCCUGAAAAACAAUUAUUUUCUGAGGGUAAUUGCUUAAAAUUUGAAUUGAAUUCUUUUAAAAUAUUUCUUUAAAUUUCACCUUAAAUUUUUGACACAAAAAUAUUAAAUAUUCAGGACUCUUUAAUUUUUUAAAAUCCAGUUUGGUUUUUAUGAGCAAAGUUUUAGAUUUUUAGGAUGUAACAGUCAUAUGAUGUACAACUGUCACCAUCUUACAUUUGACCAACACUUAUCUCCUAACAACAUUUAAUUAAAUUUUACUUGUUUAGAGGCUCUACAAAUUAACUGUGUGUAUUAAUAUUGUUGUGAGGUUGUAAAUUUGUCAUAAAAUUUACAUUUGA